GUGACGAACUGUGUGAAAAAAACAAGAGAGAAAAUAUAAAAUGACAUUUGGGUUCCGUCGAAUAUAAAAAAGCGCACCCCCAAUUUCGUGUCGCUUUUUGGCGGUUUUGAGGCUUUUCGGUUUCGAACAUUCGCUCGAAUUUUUCUGACAUCUCUCUCUUGCUCACAGAUCGGAGAGAUUGAGCUCGCUGGAGCCUCUUUACCGAUGAAUGAGUGGUAGGUAUGAUGAAGCAAUUGAUGUAUGUUUGAAUCUGUAAGAUCAAGCUUAAGAGCAUAAAUGAAAUGGAUAAAGAAGCGCAUUUGCAUAAGAAGGUUGCCAACAUGAAAUGCCAGAGGGUAAACAAAGAUGAAACUUCUGUUUCUGCUUUAGAAGAUGAAGCAAUUGAAGUUGAGCACUUACUUGCAGAACCAAAAAAUGAGCAUGUUUCGGUAGAUGGUGUCUUAAGUUUUGGCGAGGAGAAUCUGGGAAAAUGCUUGCAAAUUGAAGAUUUCUCCUGUGGGUUUGAGUAUGGACUAACAUCAAAUAGUGGUGGGUUGGAUUCUAAUACUACUCAGGAAGGAGAAGAAGAAUUACAAUUCAAUGUUCUUGAUGGAUUGCUGGAUGAAGUUGAAGAAGUGGAUGAUCUGGAUGCAACAAAUGGUCUCUCCAAUGCAUGUGAAGAUUUUCUUCUGGAUAUUGAAUUUGCUGAAAAAGCAUUCAAAUUGGACUAUGGUCCUAGUGAAGGAUCAUAUUUGGGGAACUCAAGUUCGGAGAGUCAGUCUUCAGGAUUAAGUGGAAGUAGUAAUGGUGCUGUAGGGAUAUCAGAAUCAUCAACAGCAAAUAUUCCAGGAUCUGAGUGCAAGAAUGAUGCUCUUGACAAGACAGUAACUUGUCAGUUACACGGUGGCUUCAGGAGCAAAUGUGGGUGUCAAAAACCAGCUGAGGACAGUAUCCACACUGAUUCACUAGAGUUGAGAAAAUUUGAUGAAUUGGAUAAUGACGAAAACCCUUUAAUAUAUGGUAGAUUGUCUACUGGGACUGGAAAGCGAUCUUUAGACGCAAGCAGGAUUGAUGCACUUCUUAGAGAGAAGAGAUCGCGGAAGCCUACCCGAAGGUACAUUGAAGAAUUUUCAGAUAAAAAGUCAAGAUCUUUGAAGAGAAGAGAGAACUAUUCUGCUGCUGCUAAAAAGGAUACAAUUUUGAAGGUCAGAUCUCGCAAUGAACUUCAUAAUAUGAGACAGGAAGCAUUGGCAGUGGUUCCUGAGGAGAAACCUUUACGUGAUACUAUUCAGUCACUCUCUCAAUUUCGGGCGCGGAGGGGACGUCCAAAGAAACAGGCCCCAAUUUCGGGGCUUGAAUCCGACAAGGAACCUCUCUCAUCCGAAUCUGAAGAUGACCGGGUGACAAAAAAAAGAUCUAAAAAGCAUGAUCGGAGGAAGCAUCAGAGGAUGUGGACUCCUUCCGAAGUGAUAAAGUUGGUUGAUGGUAUUUCUGAAUAUGGAGUUGGCCGAUGGACUGAUAUAAAAAGGCUCUUGUUUUCAACAUCUGCUUAUCGCACGCCUAUUGAUCUUAGGGACAAAUGGCGAAAUCUUUUAAGAGCUAGUGGUGCAGAAAAACCAAACAAGAAAGGGGUUGAGCAAAAGCAGGAACAUACCUUGCGUCCCUUACCUAAUUCCUUGCUACGCCGAGUCCGUGAACUAGCCAAAAUUCAUCCGUAUCCGAGGGUGCGCAUCUCGAAGAAGUCACAAGUUGCCCCUGCAAUGCUUCCUUGUGCAAGUAAAGUUGCUCUAUCUAGUCUUGGCGGAAGAAGUGUGCGAAGGAAGAACUGUACUUGAAGCACCAUUUCUGUCUGCAGUACAUUAAUAGUCAGGAAUUUACAUUAAUUUUUAGUUGUAAAAACCCCCGCCUUUUUCAUUUACAGUCUUGUAAGCGAUGCACUCUGCACAUAAACCUCUAAAUUUUCGGUUUUCCUAAA